AUGGCCGCUCCGGAAAUUCCCCUGAAACAAAAAGCCGUCAUCUAUGACCAACCCGGCACCGUCUCAACCAAAGUAGUGGAGAUCGACGUCCCCGAGCCCGGUGCGGGCGAGGUGCUGAUCAACCUCACUCACUCGGGAGUUUGCCACUCCGACUAUGGAGUGAUGACCAAUACUUGGAAAGUACUCCCUUACCCCACGCAGCCUGGACAGGUCGGGGGGCACGAGGGCGUAGGGAAGAUUGUGAAGCUCGGUCCAGGUGCCGAAUCCUCAGGCUUGAAGAUCGGCGACCGAGUCGGUGUGAAAUGGAUCUCGAGCGCUUGUGGAAACUGCCUUCCCUGUCAAGCAGGAUCCGAUGGACUCUGCUUCGCCCAGAAAGUGUCGGGCUACUAUACCCCGGGCACCUUUCAACAGUACACCCUGGGACCGGCCAACUACGUGACGCCGAUCCCCGACGGACUGGGCUCGGACGAAGCAGCGCCCAUGCUCUGCGCGGGGACCACCGUGUACGCCGCUCUGAAGCGCAGCAACGCGCGACCGGGCGAGUGGAUUGUGAUCUCCGGCGCUGGCGGCGGACUGGGCCACAUCGCGGUGCAGCUGGCCAGUCGAGGGAUGGGGCUGCGCGUGAUCGGCGUCGACCACGGCAGCAAGGCCGAGCUGGUCAAGGAGUCCGGGGCGGAGCAUUUCGUGGACAUCACGAAGUUCCCCGCGGACGACCAGGGCGAAGCCAUCACCGCGCACGUCAAGUCCCUGGCCGACGGGCUCGGUGCCCACGGGGUCAUCGUGUGCACCGCUUCCAACGCGGCGUAUGCCCAGUCGCUCGGCUUCCUGCGCUUCAACGGCACCCUGGUGUGUGUUGGCGUACCGGAGAAUGACCUGCUGCCCAUUGCGACGGCGUACCCGGGAUCCAUCAUCCUUAAGCAUGCGACGAUCACCGGGUCGGUUGUCGGCACGCGAGCGGACGCCGUCGAGACGUUGAACUUCGCGGCGCGCGGCGUCAUCAAUGCCCAUUUCCGCACGGAGAAGAUGGAGGCGCUAACCAGCGUUUUUGAGGAGAUGCAUCAUGGGAAGGUGCAGGGACGGGUGGUCCUGGACUUGUCCUAG